GUUAGCAUUUGCAAAUAUUUGGUGUCGGAUUCGAAACCAAAAUUUGCGUCUGGUGAAGAAUGCAAAGCUCAAAUAAAGUGUACAGAUUUUUCGUCUACAUUUGACCAUGUUGCGUGUUGCUUAGUAAGCAUAAAAUCUAGUUGUCUAUUACUAGGGCUAAGUAGGGAGAAGUGACGUAAGUAAUCAACCCGUCGGCAUACCUUUUUUUCAUUGGAUAACAUUUUAUACAUAGAACCAGUUCCUUAAAUGAACUAUUUUAUCAUUUAAUCCAGUUUAUUCAUAUUUUAAAUGUAAUUAAUUAAGGACGCAGUUCAUCUGUAUUCCCAGGAAUAAGAAUCCUUUUUUACACAUGUUUCUAUGAAACACUAGUUUACACAUGUUUCUAAGGAACCCUAGUUUAGACAUGUUUCUAAGGAACACUACUUUAGACAUGUUUUUAAGGAACACUACUUUAGACGGGUUUCCAAGUUGCCAUCCAAGGUUAACGAGUCACAUCUACCCGGGGUACUGGUGAUGUUUUUGCUUGACAGGGCUUUGGUGGGAUUUGAACUCCAGACGAUCAACUAAGACUUGAUAUUUGCUCAAUUUAGACCACUCGGCCAGUCCCUAAAAUAUUAUCAUUUAACUCUAAAAGGUGUCCCAUAUUUUAAUAAGCUAUAAGAAAACUAUUCAAAGAAGGGGAAUUUCUGAUUAGACGAAGUCUAAGAUAAGGAGACUCACGUUCCUGUAUGCUAUUUAACCUAACAUUUUAGAGAGUUUCAAAUAAACAUAUAGAGUGACACCCGAGGAACAAUAGCAGGAUAUUUUCUAAUGGAGACCCAAGACCCACAACCAAAUAGGCAUACUUUACAAUCUUCGCUUCAGUAUCUUAAAUGUGCUGAUUUCAUAGCACUGUUAGGGAAGAGUAGUAAAGACAUAGCAAAAGGGUUUAUUGAAUAUAAAACGCACAACUACAAGCCGGGCUGAGAGUAAACAACCAAGUAAGAAUACAUGGCUAUGAGAAGCGAAGAACAAACAGACAGAUGAAGCCAUGAAAAUUAGAAACCACACGUUUGAAAAAGUAAAUCAAUUCAAAUACCUAGGAUCGUCAUUAAAUGAAAGAAACGAAUUUCUAACAGAAAUAAAGUAUAGAACAUCAGCCGGGAACAUGGCACACUUCGGUGGUCAGAAAAUACUCAAAAGUAAAAAAAAAACAUUACAAGAAAAACCAAGAAAACUAUUUAUUAAUCUGUAAUCAGACCAGUUUUAACACAUGCAAGUGAAACGGCAAAUGCCUUCCUCCUUUUAGCAUUAAAACCAGUUAAAAUGACUUCAUUAAACAUAUCGUCGAGGCACAGCUCUUACUUUCAAUUGGUAUCUAUCUGGUGUUUUUUUUUUUUUUUCAUAGGAAUGUUUUCAUUAUCAAAUUAAUGUUGGGUAUUUGCGUUUUAAUUGGUUAAUGUAUAUAAUAAUUUUUUUUUUAAAUAUUCACAGUUCAAAUUAAAGGAGACAGAACUAUUUGAGAAUACAAUAUCAACGUAAGCUAUGGCAGAAGCGUUAAACAGUGAAACAUUUGAAACGGUCGCAACACCGAAAAUUAAAGCAAAAAUCGAAGAUGAGAAAGUCUUGAAGAAGUUAUUCAAAGAAUUGAAAUUGAAGUCACCAUCUGAAGAACUGUUGAAGCGUUUCCCCUAUAUUAGGAAAAGUAUGGACUUUUAAACCUUCGAUACCAAUGUCGUGUACAUUUAUAAUCCUAAUAUAUAUGAACCAGAAUGUCGUGAAAUAUUCUACUGGCAUUCGGUUUUCCCGAUUCGCCUUUAACAUUUCAAACCUGUUCCAAUAGGAGCAUCCCAUAUCUAAAGACGUCACCUAUAAAAACUACAAAGCAAGAGCUACACAUUUAAUCUCAACCCUAAAUACACUCACUAGCAAAUCCCUAUACAGAGAUUUCUCAUUGCCAAAAACGUCACAAAUUCAAACUGAAUAGCAGCAUCAACACAAUUAAUCUCUACACCCAAUACGCUCACUAAAAAUCACUAUGUUUAUGACAGACACACAACUCACGGCGUUUAUAUAUAUGGACAUAUUGCUAACUCUGUAAUGUUGAACAUAUUUGUUGAAUAAUCAUGAGCAGUAUAAUUGUCUUUGAUUGCAUAAAACGAUUUACCUUUGAUAAAGGUUUAGCAAUUAAAAAUUUAAGUUCAACAUUAAUUUGAAUAAAAAUGUGUAAAAUAACUUAAAACGGAUUUUUUAAUAAAAAAUUGAGUUUUGUUCCACAAUAAUUUUAAUCUGUGUUACCCACUUUGGUUGAGUAUUAUUACUUUAUAUAUUCUCAGACCCAUGUAUCAGGAGGAUUAUGGUUGCUGUCCAUGAACUUCAAUACAAGGUAAUAUAUAUGUUAACUACAAACGAAUAUAUUUAAAAUAUAUUUUUUGUAACAUUAUUUGAAUUAUAAGGUAAUAUUUUCUUAAAAGUAAACUAGCGUGUUAAAUAAAGGGUAAGAAUAUGCUGCAAAAAAAAAAAAUAAAUAAAAUAAACAGCAACAACGACAAACAAAUUGAAAUAAGACUGUUACUCGCGUCUUAAGCCAUUUAAGAAACACUCUCCUUGUUAAACAACAUACGUAGAUGAAACGGUGUUAGAGAAAGUUUAAUGCGUUAAUAUUUACCCGCAUUUGCGAAAACUCGCGUGUGUAUCUUCCGGUCCUAUUUUAACUGUAAACAUUUAACACAGCUAAAUCCAGGAUCCAUCAUCUAAAAAACUCAUUUUAACGUGUGCUACUUAAUAGUGUUUUUUACGUAUUUGUAACCUAAAAAAAAUAAAGGCCAUUUCACACGCCCUUGAAAGGUAUAUACCUUAGAAAAUGUUAAAUCAGACGUUCCACUUUGAUCAUAACUGUAUCCGAAAGGCCUUGGCCGACAUGUUUAUACAUUUGUUGCAACAAAAUUUAAUAGAUUAAGGAUUGCGAAAUAUGUGCAGUUUAAUAAUAUAUCUUCCUGUGCAUAAAUUUGAAGGAUAUCUAUGAAAGGAAGCAUUUUCUGAUAUAUUUAUAUAUAUAUAUCUGUAAUUUGACUGUUACGCCACUUUCUUAUUGUUAACGGGAAACGUGGAACUGUUCUAGUUAUUGUAUUUUAUUUCUUGCCCCGAGGACUCAGUUGUUUCCCUUUCAUUAUUAGACUUAUAUUAAAUUGAAGUAAUACAACGCAAAUUAAAUCGAUCCAAAAGGAAUUCAAAUGAUCUUUUUGACUCCAUUUGUUAAAUAUUUGAUUCAUAUAUUGAGAGGAAUUUGACGCUGACAUAUUUUAGGAGAUGUACUCACGUAUUUUUCAAAGUUUCGGUAUAAUUAUUGUCUUCUGAUUGGUUGCGACGUCUUUUCAUAGAUUUCUGUUACGACUGUUAUCAAAAAAAAAAUUGUGAUCGUGCCCUUUUUUCCUUUACUUUUUUUUUUUUUUACAGUUAACAAAGCUAAGUGUGUGUGGUUGCACGGAUUGCACUUUCUGUAAAUAUCAUGUUGAGAUGAUGCUGGAGGAGAAAUACGAUGAUCCACCUACGACCCCAGAUACGACGAUAUAUUACACCCCUAAUGCGACCCCAGUGAAGAACACGGGUACGACCUCUGUUAAGGCCCCAGAUACGACCCAAGCUAUGACCAAAGACGAAAGUCCUCAAGCAGCGACUACAGCUUGUGAGGCAGUCAAUGUAGUGUUUUUGCUGUAUUGUAUUAAUUGUGACGAAGUUUUACUUGGUUUCACAAGUGAAAAGCUUGAAUUCUUUGCAGAUCUCAGUUUUGGAUUUCACAGGGACGAAAAAUGUGAACGUGGCAAAAGUCAUGAGAAAAAAUAUGUCAGGUGCAUGAUGAUAGAUGAAACUAAUCAAGAAAAAUCUUCUGAAGAUGAAAAUAAUCCAAACAAAUCUUCUGAAGAUGAAAAUAAUCCAAACAAAUCUUCUGAAGAUGAAAAUAAUCCAAACAAAUCUUCUGAAGAUGAAAAUAAUCCAAACAAAUCUUCUGAAGAUGAAAAUAAUCCAAACAAAUCUUCUGAAGAUGAAAAUAAUCCAAACAAAUCAUCUGAAGAUGAAAAUAAUCCAAACAAAUCUUCUGAAGAUGAAAAUAAUCCAAACAAAUCUUCUGAAGAUGAAACUAAACGAAAUGAGAUACUAUCUUGUAUACAAAAUCAAAAUAAUGACCAGGUGUUAAUAGGAAUAUUAAAGAAUCGAGAGGUUUGUCAUUUCUCUUCAAUUCAAAAAGAUACAUUGUCAGAUGAUGUCAACAAUACAUUAUCAGUUUGGGAUACGUAUUUACAAACAAACAAAAAAUAUUUAAUAGUGAAAAAAUAUAACGAAAGUUAUAAAGAAGAGGAAGAAAAGUAUUCUAGUACGCCCAUUCCUGAAUUGGACAACUGGGGACUGUAUAGGUGUUACCAUCACAUCCCAAUUUCUAACAUAAAAGGGCUUGGUACGAGAGCCCGCACAUUUUCUUACAAAUCUGAAACUAUCGUGUAUUUGAAGAUAUGCUAUAAUUGUAACAUAAAAUACGUGGGAAAAACUGACAAAUCGAUCCUUGUUAGAUAUAGAAAAGCUUUAUCUUCUGAAUGCACAACUUCAGUCGAGCAACAUUUCGACGGUGAACACGAGUGCACUUUUAGGGACUACCGGUGGACAGUGAUGGAUGCACUGAGUGACGAUCAGAUCUAUCUGCUAGACAAGUGGAGAUACGUCUUUAACAGAUGUGAACUUGAUGUCCAGAAAAAAAUAUGGGAACAGAUGAAUUGCGAUGUUAACUCAGUGAAUAAAGACUUGUUAGAAAUUGUGUGGCAGAAAAACUCUAUUGGGGAAAUAAUAGAACGAAUCAAAGAGAUAGAACCAAUCAAAGAGAUGGAACUAAUCAAAGCGAUGGAACUAUUAAUACCCUCUUCACAAAAUGACACCAUGAACGAGUUGGAUAGGAAAUUGGAACAUUCGAAUUCUUCAAAUGAUGACGUAGAAACUUUCUUGAGAAAUGAAAAUGAAAAAUGGAUUGAAAAAACCAAGGCUUUAUAUCUUGAAGAGUGGGGGGAAUACUGGAUGACAGAAUUACAAACCCGUGAAAAUGGUCUGAAUGUCAUUAACAGUUCAAAAUGUAAGGAUACUUGUCCACAUUUUUAUAUUGAGUUUUUUAAAAGUUUGCCAAAUAAUGACGUAGAAAUUCCGAUUACAGAUAAUGUCAUUUAAACUACAUAUAUAAAAGUACUCUAAAAAUGAGUGUCAUGUUUUUCAUGUUUCACUUGUCUCAAACUCAGUAUGCACUCACUAAGAUUAAUAUUAUGAUUGUUCCUAUCGCAUAAAUGUCACGGCAGCGGUUGUUCAGGUUGGAAGCACUG